AUGGAAAACGUGGUUCUUCAUCAAAAAGCUACAUCUGGGUCAAUCCCAGUAGCCCCAGAGCUUCAUAGCUUCGACGGAAAUCUUCGGUAUACCAAACUAGUCAGGUUAGCUGAAGCUUUGAAUUCUUGUAAUUCCACUAAAGAUGAUGUUGCGAAUGUUUUGGAGGAUUUAGGUGAUAGAAUAGUAGAACAAGAUGCUGUGGUUGUUCUCAAUAAUAUGGUUAAUCCUAAAAAUGCAUUGCUUGCUCUUAAGUUCUUUCAAAGUAAAUUGAAACCUAAGAGGGAAGUAAUUCUUUACAACGUAACGUUGAAGGUGUUUAGGAAAUGUAAGGACUUGGAUAGAGCAGAGAAGCUGUUUGAUGAAAUGCUUGAGAGAGGUGUUAAACCUGAUAAUGUUACCUUUUCAACUAUGAUUAGGUAUGCUAGGAUGUCAUCUUUCCCUGAUAAGGCUGUUGAGUGGUUUGAGAAAAUGCCCACUUUUGGAUGUGAUCCAGAUGAUGUUACCUACUCGGCAAUGAUUGAUGCUUAUGGUCGUGCUGGUAAUGUUGAUAUGGCUUUCAGCUUGUAUGAUCGUGCUGGAACAGAGAAAUGGUGCAUUGAUCCGGUGACAUUCUCUACUUUGAUUAAAAUUCAUGGGCAGUCAGGGAAUUUCGACGGGUGUUUGAAUGUCUAUGAGGAGUGAAGGCUAUAGGGGCCAAGACAAAUUUGGUUAUUUAUAACACCUUAUUGGAUGCUAUGGGAAGAGCUAAGAGGCCUUGGCACGCCAAGAAGAUUUACAAAGAGAUGACUGAGAAUGGAUUUUCCCCAAAUUGGAUGCCAAGAUUGAGAUUGUGCUGGGGAAGUCUAAGAAAUUUGACUCUCUUAUGACUGCUGCUGUGGCAUCUGAGUUAGCUACUAAAGACAAGGAAAAUGUUAAUAGAAACCUUCUUUUUCAAUGCCUUUUUUUUUUGUUGUAGAUUAAUAUAACAUUCUUUCUUACUCUCUGAUCACACAGAGGUAAAUAGGAGAGUAGGCAGGUGUUCCGUCAUUGAAGAUGGUAGUAUGGAAUGGUUAAAAGAGUACAGAAAAACAGCAAUUUUAAAUAAAAUGGCAUUGUAUAGAGGUUGCAGUUACAUGCUACUCUCUAGUCUCAAUCCUUUUCUCAGGGAGUUGUAAAGAUUUUCUCUGUUACCAUACUAUGUCUUGCUGGCUUUGUAUUCAUUUAAACUUACUGCACAUAUUAUGAUGAGUGAAUGGUUGAUUAGGAAAGGAAUUGCAUU